AAAAAUGCUAUUCAAAACAACUAAGAGAAAGACUCUUAGCUCAGGAAGAACUAGACCUGGCUAAGACCCUCAGAAUAGCAAGAAGUAGCGAAAGCGCCAUAAAAGAAGCACGACUCCUUUCUGGUUAUGAAACAAGAGACAACAUCAUUAACAUUGACCGGCUGAAUAAGCCUGACAAGCGAAAUAGGAAUUACAAUAGUGAAAAUUUCAAGUGCUAUAGGUGUGGCGGCGUGGGCCACAAGCCAUCAGAUUGUCGAGCCAUAAGUAUGAAAUGUAAUAACUGUCAAAGGUUAGGAGAUUUUGCUCGAGUAUGUCGCUCGAAGGGUGUAUCUCGAAAGCCGUAUGAAUCUCAAAAGACUUCGAGUAAAAAGACGAAAGCGUAUAGACACGUACGUGUAAUUCGACGCAAAGAUUCAGAUAGUAAUGAAUCGUGUAUUGAAAGCGAAUCCGAAGACGAACAGAUUCUGUUCAUGGAAGGGCAAGACAGUCCUGUCCAGAUUACAAUCAAUGGUCGCAAGAUAAAGAUGGUCGCCGACACCGGUUGUAGGCAGAACAUUAUUUCUUCCCAGUUGUAUACAGAGCAAUUCAAAGAACACCCACUCAAAAGCACAACCAAACAGUUUGUGGCAUAUGGUCAGAAGGUACCGCUAACCUGCCUUGGUCGAUUUAAAGCCAGUUUGAAAGCGGGUAUGAUGACUAUUCAUAGCUUUGUGUACGUAAUUAAAGGCCAAGCCGAGUCGCUGCUCGGGAGAAAAAGCUGUUUUGACUUGGGAAUAUUCAAACAAGUCAAAUUUGUGAAGCAGACUAACUCUAACUCUAAGAAGAUUAAUGACCCAAGAUUGAACUCAUUAGUUAAUGAAUAUAAUGACUUGUUUCACGGGUUAGGUCAAAUUACAAAUUAUUAGCAUAAAAUUAAACUAGAUCCAAAUGUUAAACCAGUAAGCCAACGUCUGCGAAGAAUUCCCCUUAGUCAAAUAGAGCAGGUUAAUGAUGAAAUUGAUAAAAUGUUGAAGGAUGACGUCAUUGAAGAGGUACCCGAACCAAGCCCUUGGGUUUCCAAUCUUGUAGUGGUGCCUAAGGCAUCAGGAGGUUUAAGGGUUUGCUGUGAUUUUAGAGAGUUAAAUAAAGCCAUUGUAAGGGAACGAUAUGUCCUUCCCAAAGUAGAAGACACUUUGGAUGCCCUAAAUGGCUCAAAAUAUUUUGUAAAAAUUGAUGCAAGAAGCGGAUUUUUCCAAUUAACGCUGUCAGAGGAAUGUAGAUAUUUGACAAAGUUUAUAACAAACAAAGGGUGUUUUCGUUUCAAGCGUGUUCCGUUUGGGUUAAGCGAUAUCAGCGAAACCUUCCAAAAAGUCAUGGAAGAAAUUUUGUUCGGCCUAAAAGAGUUAGAAAUCUCGGUAGAUGACGUCAUCGUUCAUGCAGUAACGAUGGAUAAAUUAAUAAGUAGGCUGCACGAGAUAUUUGAAAGGUGUAGGGAACGUAACUUAAAGUUAAACCCUAAAAAGUGCGAGUUUGGGCUUACCCAAAUACCGGUGUUGGGUCAUGUCGUGUCAGCCAAAGGUAUUCAACCAGACCCAGUCAAAACUAAAGCAAUUCAAGAGGCCCCUCCUCCUGCCAACGUUGCAGAAUUGAGGUCAUUUUUAGGCGUUUGUGGCUAUGUAUCGAAGUUUAUACCGAAUUACGCCAAGCUGGUUGAACCCCUUAGGCGGCUGACAAGGCAAGGCACGAACUGGACAUGGGAUAGUGAGCAAGUAGAGUCGUUUGAGGAGUUGAAACGUGCACUUUCUAACGAACCAGUGUUGGCUUGUUUUAAGUUAGAUGGUCCCACUGUUCUUGUAACAGAUGCUAGUCCAGUAGGACUAGGUGGGGUUCUGUUACAGGAGCAAACAACAGGUGAGCUAAAGCCUGUCGCAUAUAUAAGUCGAUCUCUGACACCUACUGAAGCGCGAUAUUCGCAGAUUGAACGCGAGGCACUGGCAUGUGUUUGGGCGGCUGAAAUAUUUCAUAAUUAUGUUUUUGGUACUGAAUUUACGUUGCUCACUGACAACAAACCAUUAGUCAGUUUGCUUUCUUUAGAUUGUAAAAAGAUGUUGCCCCCACGGAUUCAACGUUUGGCGUAG